AUGGGAGACGGCGGCGCCGAUCCGAAGGCGCCCGAGGGGUUUGAAGUCAUUCGAGAAGGAUGGGCGCGGGCGCUGCAGCGCGCGGGCGGCGACGACGUGUUUUAUAAUAAGCCGCAAGUGGUCAAUCGCGAUCUGUCGCUGGCGGUGAUACGUGAAUUUCAGAAAGUGCGAGCGACAGAGCACGCGAACGGGCAGUCGAAGCGGAAUAAACGGGCGAAAGGGGCGAUGUGUUUGACGCCGAGGGACGACGCGUUGCUGCCGCGUUUGCUCGACGAGGACGACAGAGCGGCGUUGUUUCGAAGCGCGGAGGAACAUCGCGC